AUGCCCUUUUUCAAGAGGAUUUUCGGGCAAGGAAAGAGCAAGGCAAGGUCUUUUAUUCUUCUCGUGAAAGUAACCUGCGAUAAAUCGCUUUCUGAUAAUUCGUAUACCUUUCCGCAGGCGCCAAACACCUUGGUUGCGCUUUGCAUCGGCGACUAUAGCCGCAUUACUUUGGCUAUUGAAGGGAAAGAGGCGCAUCAGCUGCAGGCUCUUCUUGCUCACGAAGUUACCCCGGACGAAGGCUCGCCAAGCACUAGCCAGGUCGGACAUUCAGUCACAAAGAGCAGCGGUCCUGUAUCGCAAACAUCCUUCAGGGCGCUCCGACAUUUGCUUCAGCACUUUGGCAGCGGCGCCGGUUCCACUUUGCCUCAAGAUAAUGCGGAAGUUGAUGCCCAGCGGCAGUUUUCGCACUUUAUCAAGAACCUGGGGGGUUAUCCCAGCGUUUCAUUUCUAACAGCAGGGGAGGAUGGCCUUAUAACCCGCGACAGGGUCCUUGCUAAGCUGACGAAGCUAUUCAAGCACUCCAACGCUCCCGUAGUUUUGGUGUCGUACUGUGGGCCGAGCGAUGAGCGGGGCAAUUGGCGACUGGCGACUGGGCAGAUCCCGGGCGCCAGUGCCGGCAGCAUCAGCGGAACCUCCGGCGGCGGCGGCGGCGGCGGAGCCCCUGCUGGCGGCGGCGGCGGCGGCGUCAGUGGUGCCAGCGGAACCUGCGUUCUCAGCUUCCGCGAGCUAUCCACGUUAUGGCAACGUUAUCGUAAACACAGCCAGCGGUUGGUGUUGCUUCUCGAUUGCGCCAACAGCGGAUACUGGGUUUCGGCGCUACGAAUGCUCAGCAAAGCCGAGCAACUGGAACUCAGUCUGGGAGUGCAGGCCAGCGACUGCAGUUUGCCCGACACGCAAAGCAUGCAAUUGACCUACCAGCCAGGUAUCUUUGUACAGUUUUACCUUGUGAACAAUAAGUGGCGUCGAGAGCAGCGGCGCAACGUUUCCGGUAACUCGCAGCACCCGCAGAGCGCCCAACAUGGACCACCUUCAACGACCACAACCACAAACGGAGCCGCCAACUCAAGCACCGCUGCUGGCAAUGGCCGCGUCGAGGUGUGGCUACCGGGUAUGGUACCCAGCUACUAUGCGACCUGGCUCAAUGACAACCUCGUGGAUUACGGCAUCGCGCUCAAGUUUUUCAACAUGCAGGUCAACACAACUGCUGCUGCUGCCGCUACUGCCUGCGGCGGUGGCGAAGGGCAGGGCUCCUCGAUAAGUCAACCCUUGCUUCGAAAGUCCGAAGCUAGCGUCAACCCCCCGUUCCCUACAUCUCCUCCUGGCGGCAUCGCCGCCCUGUACCACCACUACCACCAUUAUCAUCACCAUAACCACAAUCGUAAUGUGAGGGCCAGCACCGGGCCGAUAGCGGCUUUCGAUAGCUCCAAACUCCUCGGCGCGGCAUCUUCGCGAUUGGGCGACGACCUGACGUCUCCGUCGAGCGACCCGUGGGCCUCCCCGCGCUCUGGCGGGACCGGCGCCGGCAGCGGCACGGCCACGGGCACGGGUGCCGCCGCCGCCGCCGCCGGCAGCGGCACGGGCAAGGGCACUGGGGUGCUGGGUGCGGACCAGGAUAUUCCUGAGCACGGCUCCCUUCCGGAGCGGGCCGUUCUGAGGUCGGCAAUGGCUCUGCGGGCGGUCUCCAUGCAGGAAUCUGCCCGCCAGCGGUUCUCCGCACUGUUUCACGACAACUGUACGGCGGACGGCGCUGGUUCCUCACCGCUGGCGAUGCCGCAGGGGGGUCUCGCGGGGUCCCCCCAAACCCCCACGAUGCACCGUGUGCGGCUGAGCACACCGCAGGCGGAAUGGUAUAACAGUCAUAUCCAUUCACCGCCUCCCUUUUUGGGGAGGUCACCCACACUCCCGGGAGAGGAUUCCCUCUACAAGAUGGGCCAUGAGAUGGAGGGCAUCAACAACGCCUUUCUGCGCGCGGGGUCACACCUGGCAUCUAGCAGUGUCAUGUCGCCGUGCGGCUCGGGCUUGGUCGACCUGGGGCACAGCGGCCAUACCAGCGGCCUCGCCGCCGCUGCCGCCACCGCCAACGGCAGCAGCCGUCUGCAAUGCCGCAGUAGCGGCGCCGUCGCGGAUACCAACACGAGCGGCAGCCAGACCUUCCCGUCAGCCCCUUCACGGCCGGCGCCAGAGCUGCCGCUGCCGUACGCCCCAUUCCACGGCCCCGCCGUACACCACGCUGUCCUGGAUACGACCGACGAUGCCGGCAGCAGCUUACUUAUUACCACGGCGACGGCCGCUACGGCGACGGCCGCUGGCGACGGUUGCGAUGAGGUGUUGGUCGUGCAGCCUAGCGCGCCGUCGGAUAGUGUGGCGAUGGCGUGGGACCGGCGGAGCUCUCAAGCGGCUCGCCACCUCGCAGAUGAUCGUGGCGGCGCUGCGGCGGCCUCCUUCACAAACCCAUCAAUGCUGGAACGGCUACCAUCCGGCGGCGGUUUUGCCAACGAACUGUUUGGCGCCCUGCAUGAGGUCGCCACUGAGCGGCGGCUGCGCGCCCGGCGGGCUCCCCUGGGGGGCGACGAGUCCCUCGACACCAUGAUGGAAGACGCGGAGCUGGGCUCCGUCGCCAGCAUUCCAUCCUUCAUGUUGCCGCGAGCUCAGCUCCCGGGUGGGGAGCUAAGCGGCUCUAUGGGUAGAGUGCAGCCACUGCCCAUGGACGCCGCCACCGCCGCCAACGGGCCGCCGUCUGAGCCUAGCGCUGGCGGAGGCGGCAGUAGCAGUAUCAGCAUCCCUAUCCGCGGUUCUCGCGGCCGUGGAGUCUCCAUAACUUCGGCUGCUGCCUCCAUAACCGCGGCGGCGCAGGCGCAGCAACGGACGUCGGCGCUUCUAGGGCUCAUCCCGGGCGCCAGUGCCGGCAGCAUCAGCGGAACCUCCGGCGGCGGCGGCGGCGGCGGAGCCCCUGCUGGCGGCGGCGGCGGCGGCGUCAGUGGUGCCAGCGGAACCUGCGUUCUCAGCUUCCGCGAGCUAUCCACGUUAUGGCAACGUUAUCGUAAACACAGCCAGCGGUUGGUGUUGCUUCUCGAUUGCGCCAACAGCGGAUACUGGGUUUCGGCGCUACGAAUGCUCAGCAAAGCCGAGCAACUGGAACUCAGUCUGGGAGUGCAGGUAAAGUACGGGACUAGGCGACUUGCGCAAGAAGAAAAGAACCGUGUUGCGAACAUGGUUGAGCUCGCGGAGGCCAGCGACUGCAGUUUGCCCGACACGCAAAGCAUGCAAUUGACCUACCAGCCAGCCGCCAACUCAAGCACCGCUGCUGGCAAUGGCCGCGUCGAGGUGUGGCUACCGGGUAUGGUACCCAGCUACUAUGCGACCUGGCUCAAUGACAACCUCGUGGAUUACGGCAUCGCGCUCAAGUUUUUCAACAUGCAGGUCAACACAACUGCUGCUGCUGCCGCUACUGCCUGCGGCGGUGGCGAAGGGCAGGGCUCCUCGAUAAGUCAACCCUUGCUUCGAAAGUCCGAAGCUAGCGUCAACCCCCCGUUCCCUACAUCUCCUCCUGGCGGCAUCGCCGCCCUGUACCACCACUACCACCAUUAUCAUCACCAUAACCACAAUCGUAAUGUGAGGGCCAGCACCGGGCCGAUAGCGGCUUUCGAUAGCUCCAAACUCCUCGGCGCGGCAUCUUCGCGAUUGGGCGACGACCUGACGUCUCCGUCGAGCGACCCGUGGGCCUCCCCGCGCUCUGGCGGGACCGGCGCCGGCAGCGGCACGGCCACGGGCACGGGUGCCGCCGCCGCCGCCGCCGGCAGCGGCACGGGCAAGGGCACUGGGGUGCUGGGUGCGGACCAGGAUAUUCCUGAGCACGGCUCCCUUCCGGAGCGGGCCGUUCUGAGGUCGGCAAUGGCUCUGCGGGCGGUCUCCAUGCAGGAAUCUGCCCGCCAGCGGUUCUCCGCACUGUUUCACGACAACUGUACGGCGGACGGCGCUGGUUCCUCACCGCUGGCGAUGCCGCAGGGGGGUCUCGCGGGGUCCCCCCAAACCCCCACGAUGCACCGUGUGCGGCUGAGCACACCGCAGGCGGAAUGUAGCGGCGCCGUCGCGGAUACCAACACGAGCGGCAGCCAGACCUUCCCGUCAGCCCCUUCACGGCCGGCGCCAGAGCUGCCGCUGCCGUACGCCCCAUUCCACGGCCCCGCCGUACACCACGCUGUCCUGGAUACGACCGACGAUGCCGGCAGCAGCUUACUUAUUACCACGGCGACGGCCGCUACGGCGACGGCCGCUGGCGACGGUUGCGAUGAGGUGUUGGUCGUGCAGCCUAGCGCGCCGUCGGAUAGUGUGGCGAUGGCGUGGGACCGGCGGAGCUCUCAAGCGGCUCGCCACCUCGCAGAUGAUCGUGGCGGCGCUGCGGCGGCCUCCUUCACAAACCCAUCAAUGCUGGAACGGCUACCAUCCGGCGGCGGUUUUGCCAACGAACUGUUUGGCGCCCUGCAUGAGGUCGCCACUGAGCGGCGGCUGCGCGCCCGGCGGGCUCCCCUGGGGGGCGACGAGUCCCUCGACACCAUGAUGGAAGACGCGGAGCUGGGCUCCGUCGCCAGCAUUCCAUCCUUCAUGUUGCCGCGAGCUCAGCUCCCGGGUGGGGAGCUAAGCGGCUCUAUGGGUAGAGUGCAGCCACUGCCCAUGGACGCCGCCACCGCCGCCAACGGGCCGCCGUCUGAGCCUAGCGCUGGCGGAGGCGGCAGUAGCAGUAUCAGCAUCCCUAUCCGCGGUUCUCGCGGCCGUGGAGUCUCCAUAACUUCGGCUGCUGCCUCCAUAACCGCGGCGGCGCAGGCGCAGCAACGGACGUCGGCGCUUCUAGGGCUCGUCACUCCAGGGGAGCCGAUGCGGGGCGGAGAACAGGUUUCCAGCGUGUCCCAGCGCAAGCACACCAGCCGCCUGUUUCUCACCUCGGUGGCGAGCGCUUUCAGCGGCGAACAGACGUCGGCGGGGCAGAUGGGCGAGCUGGGGGACGUGGCAGAUGGCAGCGGCGGCGGCGCCGCCGCCGCCGCCGCCGCUACCUCAGAUGAGGCAGAUUGUUUGAGGGAGGCAGAAGCGUCGCAUGACGGAGAUGAAGUAGACGAUGAAGUAUCGUUGUCGUUUGGUGAUGCCCGCCGUCGUGCAUUGAUGGAGGUGGACCAGGGCCGACGACAGGAGCAGUACGGCAAGCUGGCGGCGGCGGGAGCGCCAUCCGCUGUCGCCAAGGGCACGCAGGACAUGCGCACGAGUAUUCUCGGCACCCAAGAAAGUUCGGGGCUCCCGGUGGCAGCUGCGCCGCCGGCGGCGCCGACGUCUAUGGAAUGGCCACAGCCCGUGGACUCGUUACCGCCGUCACAGGCUAUGCCCUGGCUGCCCUCUGGACAUGGACUGCGACGCUACCACCUCGUAUCUGGAGCUGGCGGCGGCAGCGGCGCCGGUGGGCUUAAUUCCGGGUGCGGCAACAUCCCCUCUAGCAGCGGUGCGCGGGGCCUGAUCAGGCAAUAUGUCUCGAUUGCAGAUUCCAUGGAUCUAGAUUCGGCUUCGCUCUGCGUGCCAUGGCAGCGGCGCCCUGGUCGGUUUGAGAUGGCGGGUUCGGAAUCUUCUUCGUUUGUUUUCGGUGACGACCAAGAACGGUUUGACAUGUUGCGAUUGCUUCGUGAGCAGGAGCAGCAGCCUGGGCAGCAGCCAGUCCGGCACGCGCAGCAGCAGGCAGGUGCAGCAUUUCAACGGACUGGGCAAAGCGCCCUCGCCACGGCCACGACUGCUGCUGCUGCUGCUGCUGCCCUUGAGGCUGCGGUCGAAGGGGGGUCUUCCUCUGCCGUGUCUGAUGAUGUUUCAAGUGCUAGGAGGGAAGAUGAGGUAGAGGUAGACGGUAGGGAAAUGCAGGGGUUUCAGCUUGCCGACGUGCUGGGGACACGUGAAUGGGAUACGGAAUAUGACGUCGAAUUCUGCGACGUUCCCCGCCGACAAGAGCACCACCGCGUGGAAGAUGUGAAACAAUCGGCCAAGGCAUCUUUACGGACGCCGCGCUCCCUGAAGAAAGGUUACGUCUCUGAACAUGAUUAUGAGAAGCUGAGGUCUUACGGCAGAGAAGAUCGAGCGCCUGCCGAACCCGUUCAAACUAACCACUCGGAGCACAUUUUGGAAGCCGUGAAGCGGGAGGGAACACGCGUUCAUUCGCUGGAUCCUGGAUUCAUAUUGGACCCAUUUUUUCCAUUUUUGGAUCCAUACUAG